AACAUAACACUAAAAACCUUCACUUAUUUACUCAACCAAACACACCUUCAAAAAACCAAAAGAAAACAAAGAUUUUUUUUUCCCUUUUCUAUAAUUCCACAUUGAUUUAAAGAAGGAAUGAUCAAAAGCUCUAAAGGGUCUAUUUGGAAGAGAAAAAAUAUGAAUCAAGAAAAGGAAAAUGACAAAAAUAUUGCAAACAAAAGUUGCAAGAAGAAUUUUGAGAAAAUAACAAAGAAAGGGGAAAAUUAUAAUAAUGAUAAUAAUUACCCUUUGGUUUGUUAUGAAGAAUUACCAGGAUAUAUGAAGGAUAAUGAAUUUAUUCUCAAUUAUUAUAGAGCUAAUUGGCCUAUUAAACAAGCUCUUUUAAGCAUUUUUCGUUGGCAUAAUGAAACUCUUAAUGUUUGGACGCAUUUACUUGGAUUUAUUCUAUUUGUGGCACUAACCUUAUCAAAUGUAGUGCAAGUGCCUCAACUCUCUGAUUUCAUGACUAUGUUUAUUUGGAACUUUCCCAUGAGUGGUGAUGCAAAUGUCUCUAACAAUUCAAAGGAAUUUUUCCAAGGUCCAUCUAGACUAAUUGAUCACUUACAAUUGGAUAACAUGAUGUCAACAAAGAGUAUACAAAGUGAAACAACAUGGCCAUUUUAUGUAUUCUUAGUUGGUUCAAUGUUUUGUCUACUUUCAAGUAGCAUUUGUCACCUCUUUUGUUGCCAUUCACACAAGCUAAACAUCCUUUUGUUGAGAAUGGAUUAUGUUGGAAUCACAGUCAUGAUAAUCACCUCAUUCUUCCCACCAAUUUACUACAUUUUUCAAUGUUCACCACAUUGGCAAAUUGUAUACCUAGGUGGUAUCACAAUCAUGGGAAUUUGCACCAUCAUCACCCUCCUAUCCCCUGUGUUUUCGACAGGGAAGUAUCGAUCGUUCCGUGCUGUUCUGUUCAUGUCUAUGGGAUUCUUUGGCCUGAUACCUGCAGUCCACGCAGUAGUACUGAAUUGGGACGAACCAGAAAGGAAUGUCACGCUAGCGUAUGAAUUGGCAAUGGCAUUAUCUUAUUUAAUCGGGACUAUGUUUUAUAUUGCGCGGAUCCCGGAGAGAUGGAAACCUGGAUUUUUUGACCUAGCUGGUCAUAGUCAUCAAAUAUUUCAUGUAUUUGUGAUUUUAGGUGCAUUGUCACACUAUGGUGCUGCACUAGUGUUCUUGGAAUAUAGGAGUCGAUUGAGCUGUGACACAUAAUAAAUUACAAUAUACUAUGAUUUAAUUUUAUCAAAGGAAAAAAAAAGAAUAUGGUUAUCAUACUUUAUUUUUUAUUUGUAUUUCUUUUUAAAAAAAUAUUUGAUGUAAGGCAUUGCAUUGUGUAAUACAUGGUGUGAAGGUUCUUUUUUUUUUUUUUUUUUUAUCUUUUUAGAUGUAGGAAAAAUCAUUCAUUUGUUAUUUAUAUUAUGUAAUGAACUUCUAAUGUAUACAAUUUCAAGAUGAAUUGAAGAUUAAGAUUUUUUUAGUGA